CUCUCUCCACCAUGAACACCACCAAUCAACCCGACCCAAAUCCACCACAACCCGACCCGAAUCCACUCCAACCCGAUCCACUAUCCAACCCAUACACAUCCCUCAACACCCUAACCCACUCCCUUUCCGAUCUCCAUUCCUUAGCCACCCGCGGCGCGUGGAAAUCAAUCCUCGAUAAAAUCGCCAACGCGCGUUCCCUUAAUCUCUUAACUAAACCACACGAACACCUUACUUACUUAACCUUCAAUGUGUUAGCACUCACUAAACUCCGUCGCCACGUGGACGCUAAUCAAGAACUCGAUACUUUACUUGAAAACGGAGAACAAGAUGAUUUUAAUACCCCGCAAUUUUAUUACCAGAAUUACCCUAAUCAUUACCCUAAUAUGAAGGGUAAUUUUGUCCCUUUUGCCCUACGUUGGUUACAUGCUUAUCUACCUUACUCUCUCGGUCAACGGAUGAAAUCGCUGGACAGGUUAUAUACACUUAUUGAUUUUAUUAGAUCAAAAAAGCUCACAACUUUAACGAGCCCCAGCAAAGAUUUGUGGAAAAGAAGGGAGAUUUUGGUAUUGAAUACGAUAAUUAGUCAUCAUUUGAGUCAAAAAGAUUUCAAAUUGUGUUUGGAUUUGUUGAAUGAGUUGAUUGGAAUAUGUGGAGAUGAUGAUCCGAAUGUGUUGUCGAAAUUAGGGUAUGUGAAAAUGCAGUAUGGAGAUGUGGAGGGGGCAAAAAAGACUUUUAACGCAGUGGAGGGAAUGAUAACGAGUGGAAGUGAAGUGGGGUUGAGAAAUUUGGUGAGUAGGAGUAAGGCAUUGAUGUAUAUAGUGGAAAAAGAUUAUGUCUCUGCGGUUAGGGAGUACGAAGAGUGUAUCGAGAGGGACGGAAUGGAUAUGGUGGCUAUGAAUAAUAAGGCUUUGUGUUUGAUGUAUUCGAGGGAUUUAUCGGAUGCUAUUAAGGUGUUGGAGAAUUCUUUGGAGAGGGUUCCGACAGUAGCGUUGAAUGAGACACUUGUGGUGAAUUUGUGUAGUAUGUAUGAAUUGGCUUAUGUUAAUCAUGCUGAUAUUAAGAGGACACUUAACAAUUGGAUUGCUAGAGUUGCUCCAGAUGAUUUUGACUCGUCUUGUACUCGAACAUGAGAGGUUCAAGAUGGUUCUGUUGAAGCUGCCUCUACUUUUCCUGCUCAGUAACACAUUGUUUCCUUCAUUCCUCUGUUGGUUUCCAAGAAAAUUGUGUUGUGACUCCUUUCACCGUCAGACCAAAACAGAAUCGCUCUUACGAGUUGUGAAAUUUGCAUUCCACUGUUCUUCAGAUACGAUCUGAUCCUUCUAUGGCCAAAUCUCAGUUUGCACAAAUUCUUUUAUAUGGGCGCGUCGCACGCCAGUCACUAUGCCUUUAUUAUUUAGACCUUUUGACGCACUAGGGACAUGCAUAUCCUAGUCCUUGCUUGAGACAGAGUGAGCAUGUAUUGCUAUGAUUUUGGCAAAUAUUCCUUGCUUGAGACAAAAAGAGCAUGUAUUGCUAUGAUUUUGGCAAAUUUUGAUUGAGGAUGA